CUUGGAAAAGCAGAGAUAGAUCUUAAUAUGAUGGCUUGGUGUUGAAGGGAGGUAAAAAAUAGAAGAUCCUCCAUGAUAAGGAGCAGCAGUAGAAGGUUCUCAAAACAAACAAAAAGCAGUUGGUGGGCUCAGAGUGCCCUACAAAUUGGACCUGCAAUCAGCAAGAAGUAGGUACCAGAGCCAACCAACCCAAACCACUCCAUAAUAUCCCCCUCCUGUCUGCCUUCCUCUCACCAAACUAAGGUUACUCAUAUGUGAAAUCAUUCAGUCUUGGUAACAAAGCCAAGACCAACUGAUAUAACAAUUCCACUUGCACUUCAUUUCUUUCAUGCCAUAACCACCCUGCUCUCUCUUUCCCUCCUAUCUUGCACUGCACCCCUUCCCUCUGUUCCAUUAAUGAGGCAAUGAGGGACCGGCGUAUGGAGAGGUUUGUCGUCCUUCCAUUCUCGGUGGGCUGCGUUUCUCAGUCAAGCGUCGCAGUUUGCGAAAACCAGCCGAAGAAAGCACAACGAGAGCCAACUCCACCACGGCCAUGUGGAGAAGGCGAAAGCCGAUCCGGUGGGAAGACGAAGGGCUCAUUCGGGCUUCUCCCACUUCCUAGGCCUAACAUCUCUGCAGGGUUUCAAAAGCUGGUCAAGAGCUUCAAGAGCUUAUCUCAGUUGCUUGUAAUCUUCAAGGAGGAUGAUGAGGAGAUGGAGAUGGAGAUUGGAUUCCCAACUGAUGUGAAGCAUGUGGCCCAUAUAGGAUGGGAUGGAUUGAACAAUGUUAGCAGCAUGAAGAGCUGGGAUAAAGCUCAAGAUUUCCUCUCUAUACCCUCCCUUUCAUUGAGGCAGUUUGAGCUGGCCAUGGCAGCCCAGACUGGUGCUCCUCCACCCCAUGGUCCCCUUGGGGAGUGACCAUGGUGAGGUGCAGCUUCCCUGUUUUUCUCUGGUUCUUGUUGUUCCUAGCUAUGUUUUGGUGGCUGUGAUGAGAGGUGCAUGUGAACUUGUAUAGCUUGUUUUGAUAUGGACUCUUUAGCAUUUUCUAGUCCCUGUAGACAUGUGAGAGCUUGGUUUGUUCCCAGAGGACAAGAAGAACAAUGUUAGGGCUUGUGACCACAAGGUGGUAACCUUCGGUGGUGGGAAUUUCAUGUCACCUCGAAGGAGCAGCAUCUUUUUCGGAGUUCACAUGAUUUGACAGCCUACCAAAACUUCUCCAACUUUUUUUUUUAAUCAUUUUAGCCCACGUCUAAAAUAAGAUGGCUAAUCUUGUUUGUAUUCAAACCUAAAACUUUUGUCCUUUGUCCUAAGAGAAUCUAGUCGAGGUACUGAUGGAUUUUGGGGGAUUUUUCA